AUGGAAACUCGAGAAAAGCGACCUCCAAAAAAGAACAAUUCCCUGCGCGUCAAAAAGGAAACAGCUGUGAAAAAAGAAACGAGGUCUCGACACGAAAAGAAGCGAAGAGAGGAGUUUAACGAGGUGUUGAAUGAGAUGAUGGAGUUGUUGCCGGAUGAUUCGAUAGCUGGAAAAGUUAAUAAAACGAAUCAAAAACCAAGGCAACCUGAUAAGUGCUUUAUUAUUGGGAAUGCGGCGGCGAUGAUCAAAAAGUCCGAUUAUAGACCCGGUCUCCUUAUCGAUCCAUUCACCCGAGACGUUUUCCAUUUGGCCAACGCUUUUAUGAUUUUCAUGGAAAACUUGGUGAUAAUCGAAAUCGAGGGAGACCAUCGGAGUAUUUUUGACCUGGAGAAGAAAAAGAUGCUCGGUAAAGAUAUUCGAUGUUUCUUGGAUUUCGAAUCAGCUUCAAAAUUGUCAUUUCUGGACCCUAACAACCUUCUUUUGGCUCAAAUCCAGUUGAGCAGUUUUCUAGCAAAGUCCAUGUCGUGUAAACUUAAAAAUUCAGCGGAGAAUCCCUCAGAAUCAGUGCUUGUCUGUGUUCCCCAUGAGCUCAAUCAAAUCGAGCCACGCCCACUUUCAGAAGCUCCGCCCCCAACGACAACUCAAAUGACGCCUCCAAAAUCACCACCUCCAUCGAAACUAGAAGUGGAGAGGCCGAUUUUAGCGGCAUUGCUCAGAAAAAAGGAUCCACCGAAGGUUCUAGAAGCUUCCUCGACGUCUUCUUCAACAUUCCUCUCACCAACAUCAUCCACAACGUCUACAGUACCCCAAACUAUAAAAACUACAGUAUGCAGAAAGAUUGAGCCGAAAAAGCGAAAAAGGAUUAGAUCAAUGAAUGUGAUUGUUGAGAGUUUUCCACUUGACGUAGAAGAGAAGCCCCCGAAGAAAAUGAGAAAGAGCCAGCUCCAAUUCCAAUUGCACCGAUUCCAGUCCACACUCAACCAGUGGUCCAUCCGAUUCCAAUCCAAAACUAUGGAAUGA